AUGGCAAACCAAGAGCUGCGGAGACAAGUGAUUCGCAUCUACAAAGAGCUACUGUUCAUGGGUCGCGACUAUCCCCUGGGAUACGAUUACUUUAGGGCGAGGCUGCAUCGGGCAUUCUUGUCCAAAGCACACCUUAGCGAUGACAAGGAGAUUGAGGAGGGGAUCAAAAGGGCCGAAUUCGUUAAGAAAGAAAUCGAAGCGCUGUACUAUCUGAAAAGAUAUCGCGCACUGAAACAAAGAUACGAAACCCAAUAA